CAAGUCAAUGCCAACCCUUCGUAUGCAAGGUUUCCCUGUGUAUGCAUAAGCCCCGUCGUGUGUAUAUAGCUAAAGCCAUGUCUGGUUUUUUUUUUCUCAUUCUUUCGGGUGAUUUCUUGAAGAUCUUCAAAAGUAGACAGUGGUGGAAGAGAAGAUGAAGCAAAAGAUUGUGAUGAAGGUAGCUAUGAAAUGCAAUAAAUGUCGGACGAAGGCACUCAAGGUUGUUGCAGCCAAAGAUGGCGUAAUCUAUGUGGGGUUAGAAGGAGAGGCGAAAGAUAAAGUGGUGGUGAUCGGAGAUGGAGUGGACGCCAUCGACUUGGCCAAGGCUUUGAGGAAGAAGAUGGGUGGAGCUGACAUUAUUACUAUAGCAGCUGUUACAAAAUAGAAAGUACUUAUACAGAAUCAAAGUUCACAGACAUUAAGGCCUCGUCCUCGUCACGUUCGUUUCGCUGAUUCAAAUUUACCAGUUAAACUCGAAUCAUCCAUGCUUUUGGCAGACAAUAAAUUUUUUUCUUUUAAUUAAAAAAAAAAAAGUUCAAUUUUGUUCUAGUCUGGCCGUGUGCGGUGUGCAUGUGUGAGAGAGAGGGGAAACGUAUAAAACUAGAGUGGCAUCAUUAUGGUUGUACCUUUUUUUAUUUUUUUAUGAUGACUUGAUUUUUCUA